AUGUCAUAAUUUUUAAAACCAAUACCAGCAUUAUCACCACCAAAAUCAAGAAAUACAAUAUCUCCAAACACAUAAUCUAAAAGUCCUCAUUAUGGAGAGUUAUAAUAAGGUUCUUAUUAUUAAUAAGAGUUUUUAGGAUCGACAUUAUAAAAGUCAUAAUAGAGUCUUAGAAAUUCUCAUUAUAUUAGUAAAUUUGAAAGAAGUAUUGAUAUGGAUAUGAAACAAAGCAAUACAUUUAUUAAUCCAGAAUUUGAGAUUAAAAAAUUGAUGAAUUUAGUAGAAUUAUAAUAGCAUGAAAUAAAUAAUUGGAAACGACGUUAUGAAUAAGCAGAAGCUAGAGUAUGAUAUAUAAUUUAAUGAUUUAUAGUGUAUAUCAUCCAAUUAGACAUAAACAAUGUUAGAAUAUGAGAAACAUUUGGAUUAAUUGACUAAGGAAUUAAAAAAUUCUAUAUCAUAAAAUGAUGAACUUAAUAGUAGAUUAAGAGAAAAAGAUACUCAAUUAAUUCGAUUAAAUAGAUAACUAGAUAUUUAGAAAUAAUAAUUAAAUGAUUAUUUAUCUGAAUUAAAGUAUGUUUAACAUGAAAAAGUGAACAUGGAUAAAGAUGCUUCAAUGCAAUUAUAUCAUAAAGAUUAGAAAUAUAAUUAAAAUCUAUAAGAAAUUUAGUAGGCCCAUUUAGAAUAAUUAUAAUUAAUGGAUGAUUAAAUCUAGUAAUUACAAGAUGAAUUGAUUAGGAGAAAUUAGGCUAUAGAAUUUUAGAAAUAAGAAAUUAUAUAAUUAGAUAAAAAUGUAAAUGAAUUAAAGAUAGGAGAGAAGAGUUUGAUAUAAUAAUUAGAAGCUUAAAAAGUUAAGUAUUAAGAUUUGCAAGAAGAAAAGAAGAGAGAAGUUCAUAAAUUAAUUUAAUAAAAUGAUUAAUAAAUUAAAUCUUAAGAAAAGGAAUUUGUAGAUGAAAAAGAGUGUUUGAUUCAUAGAAUUAGUUAACUUUAAUAUGAGUAUAACAUUUUGAAUUAAUAAAUAUAAGAGUAAUCAAGUAAGAUUAUUGAUAUAAUUUAUUUUAGAUUUGAUAUAAGGAUUACAAGAUGAAAUAUAAUCUUAAGUUGAAUAGAAUUGUAAUUUAUAAGAAUAACAUCAAUUAAGUAAUUAGGAUUUGGAUUAGAAAUAUAGAAAGUCAUUAUCAGAGAUGAAAAUGGAAUAUCAAUAAUAGAUUAAUAAAUUACUAUAGGAGAUUUAAAAAUUAAAUUAAUAAGUAGAUUCACAAUAAAAAUAAUAAUAAGAAGAUUCGGAAUAGAAUUAAGAAUUUUAGAUAGCUUUAGAAAAUAUGAAUUAACGUAAUUAGACUAUAUCAUCUUAAUUAAAGUAGGCAUAGAAUAAUUAUGAUUAAUUAUAAUUGCAAUAUGAAAAUGAUAUACAAGAGUAAAAUUAAGAUAUUGAAUAAUUAAAUGAUUAAAUAAAUGAAUUGACUGAAUUAUUGGAAUAGAGAUCAAAUGAAUUUGAUGAAUGUAGAUAAUAGAAGGGUUAAUUAGCUCUGAAAAACAAUGAGAAUAUUGUAAUUAGAAUAUUUAAAUUUAAAGUUAUUAAUUUAAAGAAUGUAAGUGGAUUUGGAAUGUUAAAAAUAGAAAUUGAUUGAGAUAUAGAAAUAGUAGGAAGUAUCAGAAUAAGUAAAAGAAGAAAUAAAGAGAUCAUAGAUUGAGUAAAUUAAGAGGUAAAUGGAAUCAUAGGUUGAAAUAUUGGAGAGUGAGAAUAGAACAUUAAGAUAUCAAAUAGAAGUGAAGAAUAGAGAAUGUGAAGAGUGGAAACAAUAGUAUACUAGAAAUUAAUGA